UAUUUCCGACUGCGAAUUCAAGACUUAAGAUCGACCAGACAGGUGCCUGUAUUACCUCGGAGUGCCUUUAGGGGGUUGUGCCCUUCGACAUCAUGUCACACAUAACACACACUGAGUGGUACCCAGUUAGACAGCUCUCAGCUUGUCAAGGGCAUGAGUUUGCCUUGAUCAUUCUCAACCAGCCAAUUCAUGAGGGAAAUUUGUUCAAACGUCUUUGGACCCAAGCGGUGACCCGUGUUGCUGCCGAUGGAGGAGCCAACCGCAUAUAUGAACUGAAUCAAAAAUCAAACCGGGAGCGUCCCUCGACCGUUGUUUACGAUAAAGACUAUUACGCAAAUCUGAAUACAAUCAUUGGCGAUCUAGACUCUCUGUCCGAUGAAGCCAAAAACUUCUUCCUUUGGAAGAAAUGUGCCAUCAUUCACAGCCCUAGCCAAUAUUCUACCGAUUUCACCAAAGCUGUCAGUUUUGUCCGCGGCAGGUUCCCAGGCAUGACCAUCAUCUGCAAAGGCGGGCUAGGCGGACGAGUUGAUCAAGGACUAAGCCAACUACACCACCUAUACAUGUUCCAGACCUCUCCCACCUACGCAGAGGGCAAGAUGUUUUUUCUUUCCGGCGAGAGCUUGACUUUCCUUCUCAAGGCAGGAAAGCAUUCUAUCCACGUACGUGAGCCCAGUGCCAUUCCGGGAAAUUGGGCUCCCUUGAUAACUGAUCUAUUUGCUAAAUACGUCGGCAUCAUCCCUGUCAAGGAGCCAAGUAUCAUAACAACCAAAGGUCUCGAGUGGGAUGUCGAAAAUUGGCCAACCGAGUUUGGAGGCCAGAUGAGUACUAGUAACCAUGUCCUACCGGAAACACAAAUUGUCGAGGUCGAAACUACGAAAGAUGUGCUCUUCACCAUUGCGCUCAAGUAAGUAGUGGAGGUGGACUGAUUGCGGUUAUCUUUUGCGACAGCAUCUUUUUCUCCUGCGAUUGAUUUUAUACAUAGGAAGACUAGAUAUAGAGCAGGCCGCGAGAACGUCGGGAAUAGACUACCUUUAUGCCAACUGUGGCAUGCAAGGAGUGCAUUGGCCCUUCACUGAAGCAGAGCCAGGAUUUAUUUAUUCAAGUAGACAUUAGUUCAACGCAAACUUGCGCUAUAUGGGAUAAAGUGGGC